CCCUUCUCAGGGGCGGCGGCUUCUAUGAUCGCGCGAGAGCCUGUGGGGUCGCGAGAAUACGGCCGUCCACGAGUUCUCAUAUCUGAAGAGCUCCGACAGUCACAAAGGAGACCUGCUGGAUCUCAGAGACCAGGACCACUACAAGAGCGGAAUGGAGGAGGACAACCAGGACCCGGAGCCCCGGAGCAACAACGUCCCCGGAGGACAAACAGCAGGCUCGAGCUCUGAUAGCACCGAUGUUCAGAAACGGAGAGGAGAGGGACCCAAACGUCACCACUGUCAGCACUGUGACAAAUCCUUCACAUGCCCUACAUAUCUAAAGCUUCAUCUCAGACUUCACACUGGAGAGAGACUGUACGUUUGUGACCAGUGUGGGAAAGCUUUCAUUCGCAAAUUUAACCUAAAUAAGCACCAUCUUAUUCACAAAGGGGAGAAACGGCACUGCUGUGACCAGUGUGGGAAAGGUUUCAUUUCACUAGGUGAAUUAAAAAGGCACAAUCGUGUUCACACUGGAGAAAAACCAUACCGUUGUGACCAAUGUGGGAGAAGUUUCAGAAUAUCAAGCCACCUACAUGUCCAUCGACGUAUUCACACUGGGGAGAAACCGUACAGCUGUGACCAAUGUGAGAAACGUUUCACUAGAUCAGAUAAUCUAGUAAAGCACAGACGUGUUCACACUGGGGAAAAACCGUACUGGUGUGACCAAUGUGGGAAAUCUUUCACUACAUCAAGUAACCUAGAUGUCCAUCGACGUGUUCACACUAGGGAAAAAUCCCACUGGUGUGACCAAUGCGGGAAAGCCUUCAGUACCUUAAGUAGCCUAAAGAAGCACAGUCUUCUUCACACUGCGGAGAAACAGCACUGUUGUGACCAAUGUGGGAGAAGUUUCAUUUUUUUAGGUCACUUAAAAAGGCACCAUUGUGUUCACACUGGAGAAAAAACGCACUGCUGUGAACAAUGUGGGAAAGCCUUCACUACAUCAGGUCAACUAGAUGUUCAUCGACGUGUUAACACUGGGGAGAAACCGUACUGCUGUGACCAAUGUAGGAAAGAUUUCACUACGUCAAGUGAUAUAGUAAAGCACAGACGUGUUCACACUGGAGAGAAAUCGUACUCGUGCGACCAAUGCGGGAAAGCUUUUUCACAGCGUCGUCACCUUAAAGCCCACAAAUGCAUUAACUCUGCUUCGUUUUGAAAAAAAUUUCAGAGCCAAGCAAGCUGUUCCCUCCUCUCCCCUCAUGCCUCGAUCGCGUGUUCAUUUACAAUUCAAAUUAAUUUAGAUGGCGCCAAUAACAACAGUUCUCUCAUUGCGUUUCAUAAAGAGCAGGUCUUUUUUCAAGAGGCAGCAACCUCGUGCAGAACCAUUAACCUGUCACAGUAUAUGAAAAUUUAGUGAAAAUGCUGAGAUUAUGUUAGUAUG